UGACUUUCUAGUUUUCUCGCUUUCUCCGAAUUUCCCUUUAAAGCCACAGGGAGAAAGCCCGGAAUUCACAUUCUACACUCUACUCGCUUCGUUUGUCAAUCAAAUGCGUCGCGCGGCUCUACACGCUCUCCGUACCGCCCGUCGCGUGCCAGCAGGAUGGAAGGCUACUGGUAGGAAACCGUGCGCGGUGUCCUUCUCCAGCAGUCCUAAUUUCAGUAUCCGUCCAUCCUCCUCCUCUUCUGCGGGCAGAUAUCCCCCAUUUCUUCCUGCCACAUUACAAUCUUCGAUGCAUCUCCGGAAUUUUUCACUUGCAGUGAUUUCCACGGUCGUUGCCUCAGGGGCCUGGUAUGCGUAUCAAGGAAAUGCCGGUGCCCAGCCGACAACGGCCCUGAACGCAACAACAUCCGCCUCGCAGAUCCGCUCGAUUUCCUCCACAGCCGGCGCUCACGCUGAAGAUCCCGUGGAAACCACCCGUCGUGCCCUUCUGGUGGACAACGACCAGUUUUAUACCGCUACCCUAUCUGGAGAACAGCCCCUCUCGAAGCACACGGACGAUUCCGACCGUCAGGUCCUCGAGAUGUUGACUCCUGAGCAGGCGACCCAGAAACUGCGGAAGAACGAGGAGUCAUACCUGGUGAAUCGCGGUCAGGGUGUGGUACGGUACGACAUAGUCCAGGUCCCCAGUAACUCUCCUAUCGAGGAUGAUCAUGCCGAGAAGGUUGUCGAGGUGCCAUCCUCGGUGGCGGCAGCUCAAGAAGGCCAAGCCAACAGUGAUUGGAUGUUCUGGGGCGUAUUCGAUGGUCACUCUGGCUGGACUACUUCCGCUAAGCUGCGCAAUGUCCUCAUUUCAUAUGUUGCUCGGGAGUUGAACUCCACCUACAAGGCCGCAGCUGCGGACCCAUCAAUCCUUACUCCGUCAUCUGAAGCGGUGGAUGCUGCCAUAAAACAGGGGUUUGUUCGCCUGGAUAAUGAUAUCGUGUACGAAAGCGUCGACAAGGUGUUGAAGUCGAAUUCCCGCCGUGUGGCGGCUGAGAUGCUGGCUCCCGCUCUUUCCGGCUCCUGUGCUCUGCUGGCUUUCUAUGACUCCCAAUCAAAGGAUCUGAAGGUCGCCGUGGCCGGUGAUUCGCGGGCUGUUCUGGGUCGUCGGGGCCCGAAUGGAAAGUGGUCUGCGACAGCGCUCUCGGAAGAUCAGACUGGCGGCACUCCAUCUGAGAUGCAACGUCUCCGCCAGGAACACCCGGGAGAACCCAAUGUUGUCCGCAACGGCCGGAUCCUCGGUCAAUUAGAGCCUAGCAGAUCGUUUGGCGACGCCUUCUACAAGUGGAGCAAGGAGACACAGGACAAGAUCAAACGGCAAUUCUUCGGCCGCACACCUCAUCCGCUGCUAAAGACUCCUCCGUAUGUUACCGCUGAGCCCAUCAUCACAACGACCAAGGUUGAACCUAGUCGCGGUGACUUUCUCGUGCUCGCCACGGACGGUCUCUGGGAGAUGCUGAGCAAUGAGGAAGUUGUUGGGUUGGUAGGGGAGUGGGUUGACAAGCAGCAGCAACAGUCCGGUGGCAGCAAGGCUUGGUUGCGCAGUUGGUUUGGAUUUGAAAACAAACAGCUCCCUGUCGAGGCGACCGCUGAGGCCGGCACAGAAGGUCAGCGCCGUCCUAUCCGUCAGCAGCAGUAUGAUAUCUCUGGUGCGGCCAGCCGAUUCACCGUGGAAGAUAACAACGCCGCAACCCACCUUGUGCGCAAUGCUAUGGGCGGAAAGGACAAGGAUAUGGUUUGUGCUCUACUGACGCUUCCGAGCCCCUAUUCUCGGCGAUACCGCGACGACGUCACCGUCGAGGUCAUCUUCUUCGGCGAGGGCCCUGACACCCGGACUAUCACUGUGAACCAGGAGGCUAGUGCAUCUGAGGAGGUCCUCAAAGCGAAAUUGUGAUUCAAGCAGUCACCACCACAACUCGAGAGAUUUGACGUGAGCUUCCUUGCCAACAGUACAGACAGUCGGUCGGAAUCACCGUGUGGAAGGAUGGGUUAGAUCCUGGCUUCUUCUCCAUCACUCUUCUUCAUUCUUGUUAAAUCCCGUUCUGUUCAAACUGGAUACUGCAAGGAUACUCUCUAGGUGAACUAAGUGAUUCUGCUAUACAGAAUCUAUUCGGCAUUACUUCCCGCGGGUCUGGGAUGAUAAAGUUUGUUUCAAUAUGCAUUUUCACACAUAAAGGCUAGCAUUCUAUAGGUCACGAUAUGCUAUGAAAUUCUUAAAAUGUUGC